GAGAGAGGCAUGGAGAGAGAAAGCUUGGGUUGUCUCUAAUGGCUUCUUCUUCUUCUUCUUCUUCUUCUUUUCAUGUAUUUAUAAUUCCAAACUCCAACAGUACCAUCUCAAAUUGCUCUUUAAAUUCAUAAAAAUUUCACCUUUUUUUUAAUAUUAUUCAUAGUUUUCUGUUUAAUUCCUUUUCUUUUUCAUCCUUAUAAUAAGCUUUGAGUCCCUCCAUCCAUGGCUGGCCUGGAUUUAAGCAAUCACUAUAUUCACCAACUUCAAAGGCCUGAUUUCAACCACCACCAACACCACCACCACCACCAGCCGCCGCCGCCUCCUCCACCCGAUUCUCAAUCGUGUCAUGACACCGAAUCUCAUCAUCUCGCCACCGAUACGGUGGCGUCUCGCCGACCACGCGGUCGUCCACCCGGUUCCAAAAACAAACCAAAGCCACCAGUCAUCAUAACUCGAGAAAGCGCAAAUACCCUAAGAGCUCAUAUUCUCGAGAUCGGCGGUGGCUGCGACGUCUUUGAUAGCAUCGCUUCCUACGCUCGCCGCCGUCAGCGUGGGAUCUGCAUCUUGAGUGGCAGCGGAAUGGUAACGAAUGUCAACUUACGACAACCGACCGCGGCGGGAUCUGUGUUAACCCUACAAGGUAGGUUUGAGAUAUUAUCGCUCACUGGAUCUUUCUUACCGCCACCGGCUCCUCCCGGCACCACCAGUUUGACCAUAUACUUGGCUGGUGGGCAAGGGCAAGUGGUCGGUGGUAACGUUGUCGGAGAAUUGAUGGCAGCCGGGCCAGUGACGGUGAUCACCGCUUCGUUUACGAAUGUAGCAUAUGAGAGAUUGCCACUGGAAGACGAAGAACAAGAACAAGAACAAGAACAAGAUCAGGUUCAGAUGCAACCACCGACAUCGCACGGAAACAAUAACCCAUUUCCAGAUCCAUCUUCAGGGCUUCAGUUCUUCAAUUUGCCUGUAAAUAUGCAGAAUCAAAUUCAGCUACCAUUCUGAAAUAUUAAUGUUCUUGUUCAUGGGAAACUCCGAAUUAAAGGUAAGAACUUUCAAAAGGUUUCAUGGGAUUCAAUUAAUAAUGUCUCUUUUGUGGAUUGUUGUAGUUGUUUAAUUAUCAAAAUCUUCAUCUUUUUUACUUCUUAAUUUGUGUAUGGUGAUGAACAAA